AUGGGCGUGUGGGAUGUUCUCGCCGAUACACUCUGCAAGCCCAAGAGGAUGGUUUACGAUCCUGAUGAAGAACUCGGGCCACCAUCAUUUGCCAUCAAUGACAGAGUUUUCAAGCGGCAGGACCUUGAGAUUGUGAAUGAUCGGGGGCAAAUCCUGGCGUGCAGUCACUACGUUCCUACUUUCCUCUCCCAGUACCCUGUCGUUGUGUAUUGCCAUGGGACGGGAGGUUUCCGAGGAGACGUCGAAGAUUACCUUUGCUACCUGCUCCCGGAAGACAUAAGCGUGUUCACCUUCGACUUCUCCGGGGCGGGUCUUUCAGACGGAGAGACGUGCAGCCUCGGCUACUUCGAGAGCCUGGACCUGUUCUGCGUCAUCAAGCACCUCCAGAGCUUGCGGGAGCAUGGGAGCCGCUACCGCGCUCAUGCUUGCGGGAACUUGCAAGACGAUCUGAGUGCCCUUGUGAUCGACAGCUGCUACUCGUCGGUGGAGAGUGUCGCCAUGGAGGUCUCGCACAGGUACAUCAGCAUGGUGCCUUUCCUGCAGCUCUGGAUGGUCGAGAAGGGCGCUGCUGGGGAGCUCCGUGCGACGGAGGCGAUGCGGCACUGCCUCGACUCCCUCCGCUCCUCCGUCCUGUCUAGAGGGCACUUCGACAUUAACGACGUCUGCCCGGACAAGGCGGUGAAGAAAAUCAAACGCACGCCCAUCUUGUUCCUGCACGGGGAGCAGGAUGAUUUCAUCGGACCGUGGAAUAGCAGGAAGCUCUACGAGAACGCGCAGUCGGAGAAGCACCUUGCCGUCUUUCAAGGCUCUCACAACACAGCUCGCCCCCACGAGCUGCUCGUGAUGAUCGUGAACUUCCUCAAGAAGAAGAUCUUACCAUCACAGAGCACGGACGUGCUCCACGGAUGCCCCAUGUGCACCUACAAGCUGAGCCUGGCGCGGAAGUUGUCUAGUGGUGGAUGCCUGGCUGGACUGACUCCUUUCCCUCCGACUUCGACCGUGCACCUGCCCCAAGGCCUCCGCUGUCACUUCCAGGAGAGAGCCAAGGCAAGGGGGCACACGAGGCGUCAGGCUGCCAACUUGGUAGCGCAAUUCAUGUCGGAGGCCAUAGCUUGUAGCAGGAUCCUUAUGGUGCAGAGGCGGAAAGCUCCGUGCGGCAUCUACAUGCCCAUAAGAAUCGUCGGGGAGUUGUGCACUUGGAGCAAGCGGCGCAUCGACAGGGCUGGGUAUGCGCAGACGAUGGAGGCUUGCUUGUCGGGGUUGAAGGUUGCGAUGGAUCCCAUUGCAAGGAGCAUCCGAUCGAACUCUCAGUGCAGGUCGAGUCUGUUCGCGACCAAGGAGUCCUGCACCUGCUGGGCUUUUGUGAGCCUCGUCGGGUUGACAGCGGUCCUCAACCUCCGCCAGAGGCUGUAA